CUUGCCCCGCCCUGCAGCAUGAAGGUCUCUGCAGCCCUCCUGGGUCUGCUGCUGGUAGCAGCUAUCUUCACCCCCCAGGGGCUCGCUCAGCCAGAUCCUGCUUCCAUUCCAAUCGCCUGCUGCUUUAGUGUGGUUAAAAGGAAGAUCUCCAUCCAGAGGCUGAAGAGCUACAGAAUCACCAGCAUCGAUUGUUCCCAGGAAGCUGUGAUCUUCAAGACCAAACUGGGCAGGGAAGUCUGUGCUGAUCCCAUGGAGAAGUGGGUGCAGGAUUCCAUGAAGUGUCUGGACCAAAAGUCUCAAACCCUGAAGCCUUGA